AUGUUUUUCAUCGUAGACUUUGAUUCAGACUCUCCGAACGCGGUUGAGGGUCUGCUCUUGAAGAAACUGUGGCGGAAACUCCAUUCCCGGAGACGGUCACGUGGAUACGGUGGUGGAGGGGGUCACGGCUACGGCCACGGAGGAUACGGACACUACGAAGGAUAUGGUGGAGGACACAAGCACCAUGGUCACGGCGGAUACGGCAGGGGUUACGGAAGGCGCGGCCAUAAACACGGUCACGGCAGCGAAUACGGCGGUUAUGGUGGUUACAGGGGAGGUCACAAACAUGGACACCGCCGAGGAUACGGAGGCUAUCGUGGAGGACACAAACACGGAGGCCGUCGCGGCUACGGUGGAGGCCACAGUCACGGCCACAGCCACAAAGGCUACCGGGGCUACCACGGCCAUACGUCUUGCCAUUAUCGAGGACAUUAUGGCCGGUGA